AGCAGGCUUCCUCAUCACUGCAGGAGCAGUGGGGACGUUGUGCAGGCGGGGCACCUGGACAUUGGCCAGGAGGAGCAUAGGUUAGCAGCACCCAGUGCAUAAAAGGGAUGGGGAGUGGGGCAGGGCAGCACGGCGCCAGGAGCAGGACAGGUGUGUGCGGCUGGAGGGGGAUUUGGGGUGAGACUGUGGGACAUUGGGGUGAAACAGCACUGCCUGGGCAAGGGAAGGGGUGAUGGGUAUUCCAGUGGGAGUGGGGUUGUGGCAUUGUGUAGAAGGAGCAGCGGCAAGGGACAGAGGUUGGGUUCUAACUCCUGUGCUGGGGAUGAGAGCACAAAGCAGCCAUGCCUUGUAUCCCCAUUCAGAGCAGGCAGAGCAGAUGGAACUUUUUGCAUGGGAUGUUGCAGGGCAUUGCCAUCACUUAAUGAAAAACAGUUGCAGCUGUGAAGCUGAAGAGAAAGCAAGGUGGGGUGAAGAAGGAAGGGGCCUCAAGUGGAGCUGCUUUGGGGCAGAUGGGUGUGGGCAUAGAGGGAGGAGUGGGUGUCAGGUAGAGGCUGCAGCCUCUCGGCUGGGAAGAAUGGGAGCAGAGGAGCUGCAGCAGCAUUGGUGGCCCUGGGGAGCUUGAUGCCUUCCUUCCAGGACACUCUGUGCAAAGACCUGACCAUGGCCACCCGCCACGUGGUGACAAUCCAGCCUGGCUUCUCUGCAUCCCCACAGCCCAGCAAGUGGCACACGGGGCUGCUGGACUGCAUGUCUGACUGCAGCGUCUGCAUCUGUGGAGCCUUCUGUUAUCCCUGCCUGGGCUGCCAGGUGGCCAACGCCAUGGACGAGUUCUGCCUGUGCGGCGGCAGCGUGGCCAUGCGGACGCUGUACCGCACCCGCUACAACAUCCCGGGCUCCAUCCUGGGUGACUACUACUCGGUGCUGUGCUGCCCCAUGUGCUCUCUCUGCCAGCUGAAGAGAGACAUUGACUAUCGGAAAGAGCAGCGCACCUUCUGGUGAGUGCUCCCUGCGCUGUACCGCCGCCCGGGGUGACCCAGAGCCCCUUUCCAGCGGGCCCAGUGUGUUCCAUCCCUCAACACCACCUUCUCUUGCAGAUGCUGCUCUCCUGCCUGUGAAGUUGAUGCUGCCCUUUAGGACUGUUUGGCUUGCUGUGUUGUUUUUUUUUGUUUUUUUUCCCCUCCACUGAUUUUCUACCUCCCCACCUCUUCAGUAACGCAGUCAAUAAAUAGCAGUGCUUGCCCUCACUUCUGUGUGUGAGUCUGUGUUUAUUCACUUACUGUUCUUUGAUUUUAUGAUUUCUUGGUGUCCGGCUGCAACUCCAGAGAACAGCAUGCUGCUUUCUGCUGAGCAUUCAGAACAGCACCGAGCACACCAGGUAGAGACCUUCUCUUGCAGACCUGCAUCAGGAUGGGACUUGACUGCAAAAUUUGGUGGGAAAAAAAAAGGAAGCAGAAGCCAAGCCAGCUGUGGACACCUCAGCUCCCCCCUGCAUGCAGCAGUAGGGCCUGUGAUGGCAUGGAUAGGGAAGCGGUGGGGACCACAGGAUGGCUUCUCAUGUCUGCACGAGCUUCGUGAGGAACCACAGCACAGAGCCCACCUGCCCAGAGCCCUCAGAUUUGGGGAAAAAAUGUGUGCUUGUGGGCUGCCUGGCUGCACAAAGGCAUUUGAGCUCAGGGCACCAGAGAUUCCUACACACCAGUGACAGGUGAGGACUGUGCCCCCAGCCUGAGCUCCCGCAGCCCUGUCCCUUCUCCCCCACACCGCUGAAGGACCCCUUUGGGGGAUCCUCUUUCCUCUCCUCUGGGAACACUGGGGCUGCAUGGGUGUUGGCUGUGUGCUGAAAAGGUUUCCCUGCCCAUGGGUGUGAGGUGGUGGUGACUGGACGUGCGGAGUUCUGUAAUACAAAGGGACGCGGAGGCUUUGUUUCUGUUUUUUUAUUAUGCUUCGGAAGUGAUUACGUAUUUAACAAUGCCUUGUAUUUCUGCACGUUUAUAUGCAUUUACCCAAGGUGGUUCCAGUGUGGCAGAAACCAAACUGCUCCCAGGACUGAGGCCAGCUGAAGGCAAAGAAGUGUCUUGCUACAGGUGUCACAGCACCCAGCAUCAGCAGGCACCAGCCACCAGGGUCCUGUCUGCCCUGGAGACCUCCUGCAGAGAAGCUCUGACAGCAAAUCUGCUCCUGGGUAAAUACUGAGUUAAUUUUAUCCCUUUUCAGUGUCAAUGCAUGGGUGGGUUUUAGGAUGUGGUUUGGAAGGUGGGAGCCGCUGGAGCAACGUCCUUCCUGCUGGAAACCUGGAUAAGGCUUUGGGGAGACCUGAGAGUGUCCAUUUAGUAUCUAAAGGGGGGCUAUAAGAAGGAAAGGGUCCAUUUGAAAGGACAAGGAGAAAUUGUUUCAAUCUAAAGGAGGGGAUAUUGAGACUGGAUAUAAGGAAGAACUUUUUAACACUAAGGGUGAUGAGGCACUGACACAGGUUGCCCAGAGAGGUGGAUGAAGCCCCAUUCUUGGAGACAUUCAAGGUCAGGCUGGAAAGAUUCCCUUCCAAUUCACAUAAUUCCAUUAUUUAAUGAGAUCUCCUUCCUAUCUGCUGCUGACAGCUGUUUUCCAGGCAGCCCACUCUGCUCUCACAGUUAGUUAUCCUAGUUUCUCCAUCCUGCACUCAAGGACGCUGCUCUUCCUACUAAGCUUAUCAGGAAUGCCUUGGCUCCUGACUCAGCAGCUGUUUGUCCUUAUUGCUGUGUUUAAUAGGCUGCCAGUAUGACUGCUCCAUCCGUUUCCCCUGCAAUCAGGGGCUCAAGAAAGAGUGACAGUUUUCAGGGCCUGACCAGUGGUGCCCUGCAGGCACCAGUGCUGUACAGCAAGGUACUUAAUUCUGCUUGCUUCUCUGGGAAGAUACGCAAGUAAUUCUAACUCUGUUCCUGCUUUUUCCAGCUCUGGACCAGUGCACAGUCCAGCUCAUAAACAGUCUGGCUAAUGGCUGUCCCAGAUCGUUUCUUGUUGUUCCUCUUUCUUGAAGUUGUUCUGGUUGUAGAAGCUACAGAUAUGGAUUCUUCAAGGCCACAUUCCAGAGUCAGCUUCGGCUAAUUCCAUCUCCACAUAAUUGAUGUGGCUUCUCUUGUUAAACUAAUUGAAACUCCAAUUAAAUAAAAGCUUGUGUUUGGCUAAUUCUACCUCCAGCUACUUGUGACAACUGAGGCUUGUGCCGAGGUCAUAAAUCAAUCACUGUCAUAACUCACAUAUUAAUAUGAACUGUCAUAAUCGUACAAAAGUAGUAUUUCUGGAUGAUGUGUAGACAUUAAAUAAAGAGCAGAGCCUGGAUGGUGCCAUUUCACCCAGAAA